UGGAUGUCGAGAUGGGCUAGAGUCUAGACCUGGAAGCGCGUCUGAAUAAACGCCCGGCGCUACCUUGAUGUUGAACCGAACUUUCUUCUUGUUCUGUGGGCUUGCGUCGUUUGCUCAAAUCGCGACGGGUCUGCCGAAAGGUAGACCAUUGGAGCCCUUGAAUUCUCGCCAAACCGACCCAAAUAUUCCUACCCAGUGUCAAUCGAUAUGUGACCCAAUCGUCUCACUGAUUGACACCGGCUGUACCCCUCAGGAGUGCUGCACGAAUGCUUUUGUAGGAAAUUUGACAAAUUGUUUUGAAUGCGUUGGGAAUAUCACUCAAACCACAAAUUACUCUCUUCCACAAUCGGACAUUGAUGGACUCGUUGAAGAGUGUGCUUCGGAAGGACUCAACAUCACAGAUACCACUUUACCUGGGCAGAAUCCCAAUAGGACUCUGACAACACUGGCACCAUCGUCUACGCAUGUAUCUUCCAGCUCUUCGUUCCAUCAGAGCACAAUCACCACAAUAAGUCUCGCGACCCCGACGUUUACUCAGAACACGAUUACUUCGCUCUCAUCAUUGUCGACGUCGUCCUCAGUUCCGACUUCAUCUACUACCUUAGUGUCAGCUAGCACCAGUGGUGCGCCUACACGUUAUGGGUUCUGUUGGACAGUAACAAUUUGUUCUUUGUGUGUUACAUGGGCGUUAUCAUUAGUUUUUUCAGCUUGAUAUUCUAUGUACGGCGGUAUUGUAAAAUCAAUUGGGUGAUUUCAGCGGAGAAAAUAACGAAUGCAUGU